UGAACAAAAUUUUUGCCGACCUACGGAGCCGUCGCCUCGUAUAUAUUACAGAAACCCCAUUCCUAACUCUUUCUCUCUUCUUCUUCCAAUCGAUCUACAGAGAGAUAUGUCAGGUUUAGCGUGUAAUUCGUGUAACAAGGAGUUCGAAGACGACGCUGAGCAAAAGUUUCAUUACAAAUCCGAAUGGCACCGUUACAAUCUCAAGCGCAAGAUAGCUGGUGUUCCUGGAGUUACAGAGUCACUAUUUGAAGCUAGACAAGCAGCUAUAGCUCAGGAAAAGGUCAAAGCUGUUGAAGCACCGAUGCUUUAUACCUGUGGUAUCUGUAAUAAAGGUUACAGGAGUUCCAAGGCUCAUGAGCAGCAUCUUAAGUCCAAGAGUCAUGUUUUGAAGGCUUCGGCGAGUAACAAAGAGGAAGGUGAUAAAGCUAUAAUCAAGCAGCUUCCUCCUCGUCGUGUUGAGAAGAAUGAUACUGCUCAGUUGAAGGGUUCGAUUGAGGAGGAGGAAAGUGAAGAGAGUGAGGAUGAAUGGACUGAGGUUGAUUCGGAUGAGGAUUUGGAUGCGGAAAUGAAUGAGUCUGGUGAAGAUGAAGAAGAAGAAGAAGAAGAUAUGGAUGAGGAUGGUAUUGAGUUUGAGUUUGACCCUUCUUGCUGUUUGAUGUGUGAUAGGAAGCAUAGGACGAUUGAGAAAUGUAUGGUUCAUAUGCAUAAGUUUCAUGGAUUCUUCAUUCCUGAUGUCGAGUACUUGAAGGAUCCUAAAGGGUUUCUAACUUACCUCGGCCUAAAGGUCAAGAGAGACUUUGUGUGUCUGUACUGCAAUGAAUUGUGCCGUCCGUUUAGCAGUUUGGAAGCUGUUCGAAAGCAUAUGGAUGCCAAAGGUCAUUGCAAAGUGCAUUAUGGUGAUGGUGGUGAUGAAGAAGAUGCAGAGCUAGAAGAGUUCUAUGACUACAGCAGCAGUUAUGUCAAUGGAGACGAAAAUCAGAUGGUUGUGUCCGGUGAGUCAGUGAACACCGUAGAGCUUUUGGGUGGGUCUGAGCUUGUUAUCACCAAGAGAACCGAUAACAAAGUAACCUCUAGGACUCUCGGGUCUCGGGAAUUCAUGCGCUACUACAAACAGAAGCCACCCCCAUCUUCUCAGAAGCACCUUGUCAACUCUUUAACCUCGAGGUACAAGAGAAUGGGUCUAGCAACAGUGCAUUCAAAGGAGGAUAUAGUGAGGAUGAAGGUGCUGAGAGAGAUGAACAAAAGAGGAGCAAGAAGCAGUGUCAGGCUCGGAAUGAAGAGCAACGUCAUCAGAAAUCUCCCCAACAACGUCACUUAUUAAGUCUUGCUCCUCAAAACAUUCAGGUCUCUUCUCUUUGUUUGAUUUGAGAUCACAGGAAAGAAUUUUGUGGAACUUGUGUUGGCGAGUGAAUCCAGAACCUAUCAAAGUUUUUUUCUCAAUAGUACCAAAGUAUCGUAGGCCUAUUGGGGUCCCUUUUUGUCCGAUUUAGUCUUUUGAAAGUGUUACGUUUUGGCUGAGUUUGCUGUCUGUAUCUCUUGCCCAGUACUUUGUAUUUCUUUUUCUUGUUAACUACUACUACACAGUCUAUACUCUACUACACUAAUCUCUACGUAUUCUGGUAAAAGAUUAGGGGCUAAUCUAUCUUUUCUUUAUCCA